AUGUCGAAAACUAGAAACGAACCUCUGUACAUCUUCGCAGAUUCCUCGGAAGAGAAAUUCUUCCUCGUCGAAUUUUCCACGUUUCAAGUUUCCGUUCGCACUAUCGAACAAACUGAGAAUCAAACGUCGAACACUAUCACCGUACUAAGUGGCAAUAAAAAUUGCUUAAGCAUAGAGAAGCAUAAUUUGUUUCGUAGACCAAAAAAGUCGAGUUAUUUAGCGUCCAUUCUAACAGCUGGAACAAAAUCAACCGUGAUGGAAUUGAGCAGUGGAAGAUUCCUCUUGCGAAUGUACUGUCACUCAGAGUCCGGUUGUUUCGCGACAAUUUCUUCGGACACGAUUUUCCACGUCGGAGACAGGAGAAAAAUGUACCAGCUGAUGGCUACAGAGUCUGAGACAGUCGAUCAAUUGGCGAAAUUCAUCAGCGUUGCUAUAAGCAAUGCUUUCCAAGCUUUCGGCACUGAAAGAUACGCAGAAGCCUUGAAGGCUUACUACAAUAGCUACUUGCCGUCUGAUAACAAUUCUGAGAAAAGCAGCAAAAUAUUCAAGGAUAAGAUACACGAUUAUUUCGUCUCUGAGAAAGUGAAGCUUGUGAGAAAGUUCAUUCCUGAAAACGAGGUCCCAGUUGUAUUAAGGUCUUUGAGGAUAUUCUUCCUGAAGCCUACCAUUGGCAUGGAAUGUUUCAGCGCGGUCACGAGACGAUUGAACACUCUACGAGCGCUUAGUGCAUCGAGAAACGUAACAGAGAGUUCUAGACGCAAUCCUGAAACGUGCGACACCAUUUCACAACUGCUCGUCCAAUAUCGAGCUGCAACUGUUAUUCAGUCGUAUGUGAAAGCUUUCGUUGUCAGAAAAUAUAGAAAGAUUCACGAUCCUAAUCACGAGGAGCAUCGACAAGUUUCUGAAAGUUUAUCGAAGAUUGCGGAGUUGUUCAACUACAACAGACGAGAAUCCAUAGCUAAUCAAUUGCUGAGGAACAUCUUGAAACACCAUGACAAGCUGUACGACUUGUAUCGUUGCUCCAGUGACUUCGAGUACACGCUGCAGAUGCAGGAAUUGAAAGGGACGUUGAUGAACGUCAAACCGAACGAAUGGUUGCCUAUCACGAGGCUCAUAGCGAAUCCUAAAGUGACAGAAACAGUUCUCGCUAAGGUAGAUCUGUUUGUCAGCCUUCCUAGAUACUGCGUGCGAGUUUUCAACAAUCAGACAGGUCGAGAGAUGCUGCGAGUAGCGAACAACGUUGUUUCCACUUACUAUCCGUAUACGAAAUUAGGCUACACGAUUUUCUGCUACGGCUGGAGCGAGGAUCAGCAGCUGAACGAGUUAGCCUGGUCGUUGAACGUUGUUACCAUGAAAGGACAGCCGGUGUUUCAGUUUCUGGACAACGAGGCGUUGCUUCCGACGAUUACCGCGCCUCCUGACUUGCUCGUACACGAAUUAUCCAAUAAUUAUAUUCCUAACGCGAGCAAUUACGUGUACAAAGGGAUCGUUCGAGUGACGAGGCCUAGUGUGGUAUCGUUCAGACUUCGAACAUCUUACGAGCACGUGAGAAUGGUGUUUAGGGUAAUCGACGAAGAAGAGAAUGUUUUAGCUGAAGUGAAGGGGAUUUCGGUGGUUAUUUUGCCAAUGGUGUACAUAGGACUUCGAAUGAAACAAAGAGAACCUAUGUACAAACCGAAGAAUAGCUAUGAUGUAAGUAAGGAUGAAAUGGUACGUGAUAAGAAUUACUACGUGGAAGCUAUUGUUCUCGACGAUAGUUGGCCACUGACGAAGUCAGAGUGGAGCCUUGUGUCAGAAUUUCGAAUAAAGCCAACGGGUUCUCUGGUUAAAACGAGACUGUCGUUUUCCAAUACUGGAAGGUUGUCCAAGUCCGAGUCGUUGAGGUCGAGGAAAAGCUCGAAACAGUCUGUCGACAGCGGUCAGACUUUGGAGUCACCUUAUUGGGUCCUGCAAGUGGUCACCGAUGCUGAGAGCGAAUUAGAGAUAACUCAAGAUAGGACAAAGGAGAAAGAGAUAGCACAGAUGAAGGAAGCCUGGGCCGAAGAAAACCCUGACAGCCUGGAACAAGGCAGAGAUCUCCGGGAAGCUUUCAUAAAGAAACACGAGGUGAAGCCCGAAUCUUCGACAAGCUCGUUCGUAAGGAAACUCUCGAGUCACUCCGAGGGAUUCUCGAGAGGCGAGAGUGGGGGAUCGACGAUCGCCAACGCCUCGGUGACAUCAAUGGUUCGUUUGGAGGAGAGGACCUUGAAGCCUCCAGCUUCACUUCGAAGACUUCCACCCUUGGACCUGUCCGUCUACGAGAUCAAAGAGGACGAGGAAGACAAACCGUGGGUGAAGACGGAGUUGGACGAAGAAAUGCUGAGGAACAGUCGUAUGAUGAAUAUCAUUUACGCAGAACAGGACUAUAAGCAUUUCCUCGAAGACUUGGAGGCUCUGAUGCAAAAGCAGAAGGAACACCAUGACACGAUGUACGAGAAAUAUAGAAACGAUUUUUGGGACAGAAGACUCACGUUGGAAGAGAUAUACGAAAAUUUUAGGGAUUAUAUCUGCAGCAUGAAACCUACCGCUGCUUCCAGUGCCAAGUCUACUGCCAAGAAGAGCAAGAAAUCAAAGAACUCUUAG